AUGUAUCGACGAUUCGGACGUCAAGUCCGUCACUGGAGUUCUCGUAUCAAGUCUCCAUCAAAUGUCUCUUCCCGUUCUUCAAGACCUGGUACAGUACGUAUAACAAAGACAUAUGGUGCUGAGAAACACGAGGCUGAAGUGGAUUCAACUCUUGCUCGUAUUAUCGGUUCCGAUUGGGGCGAUCGUUCUCGUCAGCCCGUGUCACUGCCCAUGCGCAUUUAUUGGAUCGUCUUUACGGUCGUAUUGGGCAAUGGAUUGUAUACGUAUUGUACGGGCAAGGACGAGUCAUUUUUCGUUGAGAAAAUCAAGAAAAAAGCCGAUGAAAAGAUGAAAAUUCAAGAAAACGAGAACGAGUUUAUGACGUUGGCGGAUGAGAAGGAGGAUUCAGAAGGUAAAGGGACUAUAGUGAAGUCAAGUGAACAGAAGAGGACGAUGCUUCCGUCGAGUGUUCCUGGACUGCCAUUUAUGGUGCCGAACAUGUCGUUGCAGAUGAAUGGACGUCAUACAAAGUCAAAGAAAGACUUGGAACAGCAAUUUGAACAAUUGUGUGUGCAGCAGGAACGACUGCAAAAGCAGAUUUGUGCCGGUGAAGAAGGAGUUGCAAAGGACGAACUGGAACAUCAAGUGCGCAUGAUUGACAUUCAGAAGGAACAGAUUAAGCUACAGCUCAAACGGUUGUAA